AUGGAAUUCUUUUCAACUUGCAAAAAUUAUAUAUAUAAAAGAUGGAGAUAUAUCGAAGAUCUUUUUUUUACGAUAUGUAUAGCUCUUCAAUACAAUUGUGACACCAACGAUAAUUCUACACCCUUUGUAAUAGCACUUAUAACUAUGAUUUAUCUUUUGAUCAAGACAAUUUAUGGACUAUUAGACGGAUUUGAGGUAGACAAUAAUACGCCAUUCACGGUAUUCGAUUUGAUUCAAACAUUUCUUAUAGUAAUACACAUCUUUGUGUAUUUUCUGGCCUUUGUUUCGAUUUGUAAGAUUUUCGAAUGCAAAGAUCCCCAAUGGAGAUAUGAUAUCGACCCCAAAUCCUUGAUUAUCUCCCAAACAUCAUACAUGUUUUUGGCAUCUCAAUCUAUCAUGGAGAAUAUUGGCUCAAACUUCGCAAUAGAAAUAGUCCGCAGUAUUUUGGGAUUUUAUGAGAUAACUAAUCUCUCAGGCAUGGCUAGCUACCAUAACUAUGGAAGCAUCUUAUCUCAAAUAUAUCCGAUGGCCUUUUCAUUUCUUCCUUUUAUCCUGGGAGAAACCUCUUCAAUUAUAGGAAAGUGGCUGUCUCGGAAUAAACUAGUGGAUUACAUUCCCAGAGUAGCUAAAACAAUCACAGUUAUUGCUUCUAUCAUGUGCAUCGUUGUGGGUAUUUAUGGAACUUUCACAAUCCUAAAUUUCACAGGAAAUAUUACUCCAACCAAUUUAGUUGGUGAAUCUAGCUACAAUUCCUCCUUUAGAAAUUCUGUUAAAAAAACUAUAUUUGGAAUUGCAGAAGAAUGUGGACAUUACCUUUUUUUCAGAAAAAACCGUUAA